AUGAUGGCAUGGGACAUUUAUGACAGAUAUGCUUCAUUUUAUUCUCUCACAAAUACUACACAGCAUAUGUACCCUGCAUUGGGUGUGGUUGGGACUGCCGCACGAUUAGCUCCUACUAAUUGUAUUUAUGAUGAUGUAGUCUCAAUGUUUACAACAGCUGGUUUGGGUGUUCCAGUCAUCGCUGUUAGAAAUGUAACUGAGUUGGAAAGGAGGGACGUUGGGAAUAGCACUUACACAAUACAUUGGGCUACAGAGCUUGGAAAACAUUCGGCUACGCAUUUAGAACAUUACGAUCCGAUUGAUAUGGCGAAUGACAUUAUUUCUCAGUACAAAACAGGCUAUAACGGAACCAGCAAGUACUUCAAGGCAAAUAACUACACGUUAGAAAAGCGAACUGAUAGGUACACUGUUGAUUGGGUCUCAUACAAUGUGGAUAACGAAAAUGCAAGUCUUGAAACUGUGGCAUGGGAAUCUACAAGAGACCCGGGUGAUUGGGAAGAAGACAUAGCAAAUGCCUUAUUUACAAAUGAUCUCGAUACUACAUGGAAGUGGUGUAUAACUGUUAUGGCUAGUGGUUCUGAUAGCUACGAUUCUUUUGGAACCGAAGAUGCAACCCAUGGUGAAGCAUAUACAAACCAGUAUGGCGGGAUUGAUAGUUAUUGUAAUGAUAACAAAGGAGGCGCUCAAUGCUCCACUGACGGCUGUCAGUAA